AUGUCUAGAUCAGUAAACAAUCCUCCUUCGUUGUCACCUUCCACAUCUUAUGGAUCCUCGCUAAUUCAAUCUCUUUUCUUCUGGAGUGGAGCUUUGGUUCCCCUUCCAUCAAUAGCUCUUUAUGUCUUUUCACCUGGCGGCACCGUUAAGUAUUUCAACGGAGAAGUCACUCCUACUUCAAAAUUCUGGUGUUCUCUUGCUGCUUCCGGUGACGCUGUGAUCUCUGCGUUGUGUUGGCAUGUGUUGUUGAUGAAGAAUCGUGAAGCUGUGGGAAGUGAAGAAGUGAAACGUUUGGUCGUUCGUGUCAACUGGGUUUACAGUUUGUUUCAUUUUGGUGCAUUUUGGUAUUGGCAUGUGAAGGGACAAAAGCACAAGAAUCCAUGGUUGUAUCCAAUGUCGAUUGCAGUUUCAACUGCUGCAUUACUGGCUUGGGGACUUUGA